CUCUCGUGGCAUUUAUAUGCUAAUUGUGAAGCACCAACUACAUAACAAAAACAAUCCAAACCACCAAGGUAUCGCCUUUAAGGAUUUAUACUGGAGUUGCCGUGAAGCAUUUUUAGUGAGUUCUGAUUUAGCGUUACGUGCCCAACUUACUGAAUUCUUAGAUCAUAAACUUAUUAAAACCAAGCGCAGUGUAGAUGGUGCAGAACUAUUAAACAUACCAAUAGAGUCAACAUUACUGCAACAAUUUUCAGAUGAACAUGAAAAGAAAUAAUUAUGCAAAUUUUUCCAUGUAUUAAUUUCAAAGAAAAUAUUAGUUUUAGUUUCGCGUAGAUUGCAACACUCAACACCCAUAAUUAUGGUACAAAUCAAAUCUUUUGCAAUUUUAUUACAUAUUUUAAUUACUACAAAUUUACAAACAUCAUCAAAUUCUAUUUUUUUAACUGAUGUCAAACGAUGUAAUCUUUCGAAUAGCUCAGCAUCAAAUUUUGGUUUA